AUGACAGAAUCAAGGACAGAAAUAAAAGAUGUUCAACAAAAUCUUUCUGCAUACCAGAGGAAAUCAAAGAAAGAAAUCGAAGAUGUUCAACAAAAUCUUACCAAAGUAAGCAAGGAAAUAGAACAAUGGAAUGCCACGACGCUUCAAAUGCUUGAAAAAAUGAAAAGAAUUGAACAACGUGUUCUAGCAUUACCAUCACCUGUUGAAAUAGUGUGGAACUCAGUAAGAAAAGAUAUUUUUGUUGCUGGAGGUUACCCAUCAAGUUCCUUAAAGAGUGCUGAAAUAUUUAACUGGAAGGAGAAGAAAUGGAUUAAGUUUGCAUCCAUGGAAAAUGGACAUGGCGGUGCUUCCUCAUUUAUUAAAAAUAACACAUUAUUUGUUGCUGGAGGAUAUGGCUGCAAGUCAGUUGACAAAAUGAAUCUUAAUCAGUUACCUUUGACAUUUCAGACAUUUCCUGGAAAGCUUCCUUGUGAGUGGUAUGCUCAUCAAACUGUUGUGUAUAAGCAAAAAGUCCUUUACAUUGGAGGGUUUAUUGUUGGUAAAGAAACAUCUGAUAUAAUCUAUGAAGUACAGAUUAGUGGUAACAAACAUUUGGAAGAGUUUUGUCAUAUGCCUGAACCCCGACAAGACCAUAAAGCUGUUGUAGUCGAUGACAAAGUUUUUAUUUUUGGAGGAUGUGCAAAAGGAAGCCAACCUCUGUCCAGUGUUUUAGAGUUUGAUCCAAAGAUUCCUGAACUUAAGGAAAUGACCCCAUUACCUCAUCCAUUGAUUGGAAUGGCAACAGUUCAAUGGAGAGAUCAAGUUGUUCUUCUUGGAGGUUAUGAUGGAAGUGAAACAUUGAACAAUGUAAUCAUGUAUGAUAGUAAAACUGGGAAAUCCAUGCCCAUACCAUCCAUGUUGGAAAAAAGAUCUGAAUGUUGUGCAGUUAUAAUAGGAGACACAAUUGUUGUCAUGGGCGGUAAGAAUGAUAAAGGUGAAGUUCUUAAAUCAGUGGAGUAUUUUACAAUGGGAAGCAGUUCUUCAUGGGAUAAACUUCCUUUAAUGAAUGAACCAAGAAAAGAAGCCAUUGCUGAAGUUUUACCUUUUGAACAAAAGUAUGUCUAA